UCUUAGAUUUUAAGCAAGAGGUUAAUAGUCUUUGUGAAAGAUAUUGGCCAACUUCGUCCUCUAUCACUAAGGAAUCUGUUAGGGAAUGUUUUACCACCAAGAGGUGGGGUGAUUCUGAUGAGGAUGCUGUGAAGUUGGCAGUUUUGUAUUUUGUGGAGUGGUUCUUGCUUAGUGGCACUAAGCAUAAAAAUGUACCCAAGUCUAUUUUAGAUGUUGUAGAUAGUGGGAGGUACAAUGAAUUUGCUUGGGGCCGGAGUUCUUUUGAAUGACUAUUUCCUCAUUGAAGGGUAAGCUUGAUAGUUGGGUUGAGGGUGUUAGGAAGGCAAGGAGUUCGGGAAAGAGGCCGAGUGUUUUUUACACUUUGAUUGGUUGUCCUCAUGUUCUUCAAGUUUGGUUCUACGAGUGUUGUAAGUACAUGAAAGGUAAGUACUGCCAAAAGGAAAGCUCUCGUAUUCCAAGGAUCACUCAGUGGACAUGCAAUAGUCAACCUACUUUCAAAGUUUUGAAGACUACUAUCUUUGAUGUUUCCAAAGAUAAGCUGCAACUUUCAAAUAUGAGGCCCACGGCUGGUGAGUUCAAAGCUUUGGCGAAGCGGUUUCAAGUUCGACACCAGAGCUACUGA